UCUAUCAUCUUCAUGUGGUGCACGGCUCUCCUCACUUGUGCUGUCUAACACUCUUACCUUACUUCUGGUCAAGACUCAAGACAUCAUACUUCAAAAGUCACAACUCCAACAAACUCUCUAACUCUUUCUGCAAAACAUCAGAAUCAUCAUGGAGGAAAAACAUGAAAUUGCAGUAACCCAAAUGAGGAAAUCUGUUGAAAAGCUUGGAUGCUCAACUGAGAACUAUAAUGAUUUGACACUCAUGAGGUUCUUAAUUGCAAGAUCAAUGGACAUAGAAAAGGCUGCUAAAAUGUUCACUCAAUGGAAAAAGUGGAGGGAUGAUUUUUUGCCAUCGGGUUUCAUUCCUGAGAGUGAAGUACCAGAUGAAUUGGGUUCUAGAAAGGUUUAUUUGCAGAUACCUUCUAGUAAUGCACCCCAUCACCAUCCUGUUGUGAUUGUCAAGGCUAACAAACAUUUCUCAUCCAAAGAUCAACUUCAGUUCAAAAAGUUUGUAGUACAUUUUUUGGAAAAAUCAAUUGCUAGCUCUUUCGUUGAGGGUAAAGAGAAAGGGGACGAGAAGCUGAUGGCGAUUCUGGAUUUGGGAAAUAUCACUUACAGAAAUGUCGAUCCUCGUGCUUUGAUUACUGGUUUCCAAUUCUUGCAGGGGAGGGACAAAUUGAUCCAUUUUUACCUAGUAAGCAAGAAAUAUGUAUGUUGCAUCAAGUCUGCUCCGAAUUACUAUCCAGAGAGAUUGGCAAAGUGUUAUAUAAUAAGUAUGCCCUGGUUCUUUGUUAGUGUCUGGAAGAUGGUUUCUGUUUUCUUAGAGAAAACGACACUGGAGAAAAUUGUUAUAGUGGGCAAUGAUGAAGAGGAACGAAAGAGCUUCAUAAACGAAAUUGGAGAGGAUACUUUACCUGAGGAGUACGGUGGUUUAGCCAAACUUACAGCAAUUCAAGAUGUUACAAUUCACCACUUACCGGAAUCGAAUUAGUAAAAAAUUUAGUAUGUAAUAUUGUUCUCCGGUAACUAUUCUUUUCUUCAAGGAAUUAAUAAACAGCAUGAGCAGCUGCUAGGAAUGAAAUUAAAUAGAUUGCGUAUCACGGCUGUAAUAUUUGAGUGGAAUAAAGCUUAAAUUACCUCCAGGUUUGAGGCCUAUGGAUUUUAUUUGAGGCAUGUUACUAAAAGACAAAAAGGGUCAUUAGAAAUUAAUUUGGGAUUUUUAACAAA